AAGAACCAUUCUUUUUUUUUUCCUCUCGUGCUAUUAACUCAUACCUCGUGUUCUUCUCUCUCUUUGUCUCUCUCUCUCUGGUUUGGAGUGAGUUGGGCAUUUGGUUUCUAAUCUGUGUGGUGCAGGUUAGCUUCUGCCGUCUCUAUCCUACGCCAACGGAGGGAGUUUCGACGGUUUUGAUUGAUUUAUUAUCUGAUCAUCAUUGCGCUGAGAGAUCUGUUGAGGCGAGUAAAAUCUAGGGUUAGGUUUUUGAUGCUUUGUCGGGGAUCAUCGGAAUCCGACAAACGGGUUAACAGUUCGGGUCGGACCCUCCGAUGGCAAAUUCCGGAGUUGGGAAUAAGUUUGUUUCAGUCAAUCUGAACAAGUCAUAUGGCCAACAACCAUCUAAACAUAACUACCAUUCACAUCAUUCGGGUUCUUAUGGGUCAAAUCGGGCACGACCCGGUGCUGGCGUUGGAGGAGGGGGAGGAAUGGUGGUACUUUCAAGGCCUCGUAGCUCCCAAAAGGUUGGGUCCAAGUUAUCUGUUCCACCCCCCUUGAAUUUACCAUCCUUGCGAAAGGAGCAUGAACGAUUUGAUUCGUUGGGCCCGGGCGGCGUGCCUGCCAGUGGAGGGAUUUCCGGAAGUGGACCAAGGCCUACUUCGUCUGGGAUGGGAUGGACUAAGCCCGGUACAGUUGCUUUGCAGGAGAAAGAAGGGUUCGUUGGUGGUGGUGAUCUUGUGAAUGAUGGUGUUGAUCAGGGUUUGAAUACUGGUGAUGGGGUCAGUAGAGGAAAUGUUGGUGUUUAUAUGCCGCCUUCAGCUAGGUCAAGUGUGGCAGGGCCAACUUCCUCGGUGGCUGCUUCAGCUCAAGGUUUUCCACCUUUGGAUAAAGCUACGGUGCUGAGGAGAGAGGAUUUUCCUUCAUUGCAGGCAGCUUUGCCUAUUGGAUCGGGGGCUGAAAAGAAACAGAAGGAUGGUUUGAAUCAGAAACAGAAGCAAUUGGCAGUUGAGGAGUUGUCUAAUGAGCAUAGGGAUGGUUCUCGUCCAAGUUCAGUUAUAGAUAUGCGUCCUCAAUUGCAGUCAGGAAGAAUUGCUGUUGGUAAUGGAUUGAGUGAGAAUGGGGAUGAAGGUCAUGUAAAUGGCUCUCGUUUAUUAGAGCAAGGCAGGAAGCAGGAUGAGUAUUUCCUGGGGCCACUUCCAUUGGUUCGCUUGAACCCAAGAUCUGACUGGGCUGAUGAUGAACGUGACACUGGUCAGGGUUUUACAGACCGUGGGAGAGAUCAUGGGUAUUCAAAAAGUGAAUCUUACUGGGAUAGAGAUUUUGAUAUGCCUAGGGCUAGUGUUCUGCCACAAAAACCAGCACAUAGUCUUUUUGAUAGGUGGGGACAGCGUGACAAUGAAACUGGACGAACUGCUUCCAGUGAAGUCACUAAAUUGGACCCUUAUGGCAGAGAUGCAAAAAUACCAAGUAGAGAAGGGCGGGAAGGAAAUGCAUGGAGAGCUUCUUCCCCUCUUCCUCAAGAGGGAAUUAGUUCUCAAGAGAUUGCAAGUGACAGAAAUAGUAUUGGCUCAAGGCCUUCUAGUAUGAACAGAGAAAAGGAGAAUAAGUACAUUCCAUCGCCUUUCCGGGAUAAUGCUCAGGAUGAUAAUGGAAAGAGGGAUUUGGGUUAUGGAAAUGGAGGAAGACGAGCUUGGAACAAUACAAUGGAUUCAUUUAGUAGUAGAGAGUCUGAGAGGAAUACAAGGGAGCAUUAUGGCAAUGACCAAUACAAUAGAUACAAAGCUGAUGCUUUCCAGAAUAGCUCCUUAUCAAAACCAUCUUUUCUUUUGGGUGGUAAAGGAUUUCCUGUUAAUGAUCCUAUACUAAAUUUUGGUAGAGAGAAACGUCCUUUGUCCAAUGGAAAACCUUAUCUAGAAGACCCUUUCAUGAAGGACUUUGGGGCUACUGGAUUUGAUGGACAGGAUCCUUUUCCUGGAAAUCUUGUUGGGGUCAUUAAGAGGAAGAAAGAUAUGCAUAAACAAACUGAUUUUCAUGACCCUGUCAGGGAAUCAUUUGAAGCUGAAAUUGAGAGAGUGCAGAAGAGGCAGGAACAGGAGCGGCAGCGAAUUAUUGAAGAACAAGAAAGAGUGUUGGAGCAAGCUCGAAGACAAGAAGAAGAGAGACUGCUGUUGGCAAGGGAACAAGAAGAGCAGCAGAGGAGGUUGGAAGAAGAAGCUAGGGAAGCUGCUUGGAGAGCUGAACAAGAGCGGUUGGAAGCCUUGCAAAGGGCAGAAGAACAGAGGAUAGCCAGAGAAGAGGAAAAGCGCAGGAUCCUUUUGGAGGAGGAAAGGAGAAAACAGGCUGCUAAACAAAAACUCUUAGAGUUGGAGGAAAGGAUUGCCAAGAGGCAGGCUGAAGCAGUGAAGGGUGGUAGUAACUUUUCUGCUGGAGAGGAUGAGAAAAUUUUGGGGAUGGCGAAAGAAAGAGAUGUAUCAAAAGCAACAGAUGUGGGUGAUUGGGAAGAUGGUGAAAGGAUGGUGGAAAGAAUCACAACUUCGGCUUCUUCUGAUUCUUCUGGUCUAAAUAGACCCUUUGAGAUGACUUCUAGGCCUCACUUCUCUAAUGCUUCUUCUGCAUUUUCAGAUAGAGUUAAGCCCUUUAAUUCAUGGAGGAGAGAUGCAUUUGAGAAUGGAAACAGCUCAGCCUUCAAUGGGCAAGAGAUAGAGAAUGAUCAUCAUAGCCCCAGGCGAGAUGGAUCUAUUGGGGGUAGACAAUUUCCAAGAAAAGAGUUUUAUGGAACACUUCCGUACAUGUCUUCUAGGCCUUACUAUAGAGCAGGGGUUCCAGAACCCCAUACGGAUGAUUUUGGUCAGCCAAAGGGUCAAAGGUGGAAUGUUGCCGGUGAUGGUAAUCAUUAUGGCAGAAAUGCUGAGAUUGAAUCUGAAUAUCAUGAGAACCUAGCUGAGAACUAUGGUGAUGUGACAUGGGGGCAGCGAUCUCGUGGUAAUUUUUAUCCUCCUUACCCUGAAAGAUUCUAUCACAACCCUGAGGGUGAUGGGCUUUAUUCCUUUGGGAGGUCACGAUAUUCUGUGAGGCAGCCUCGUGUUUUACCUCCUCCAUCUGUGUCUUCAAUGCAGAAAACCUCAUAUAGAGGUGGGAAUGAGCAUCCUGGUCCUUCAACAUUCCUAGAAAAUGAGAUAAAUUAUAAUCAUGCAACAAUAGGUGGAUCUGGCAUGGAGAGAGUUUAUGAUAGUGGCCAUCAAGACGAUCUUGUACAGCAUGUAAUUAUAGAUACUCAGCCUGAGAAUACUGAUAAUGAAGCACAAAAAGUGAAUGGCAACACAGCAAGGUGUGACUCACAGUCAUCCUUAUCUGUUUCAAGCCCCCCAGAUUCCCCAGUUCAUCUUUCUCAAGAUGACUUGGAUGAGUCUGGAGAUUCUACAGUGUUAGCAGCUGAAGAGGGUAAAGAGGUUGACUUGUCAGGCCAGGGGAUCGAACCCCUUUUGUUGCCUACUGAAGCUGGGAAAGGGAAUGUUCAGACUGCUUCAAGUUCUAUUUCAGCUGGUGAUGAUGAGGAAUGGACUGUUAAUAACAAUGAACACUUGCAGGAGCAAGUAGAAUAUGAUGAAAAUGAAAAUGAAGAUGGAUACCAGGAAGAAGAUGAAGUGCAUGAAGGAGAUGAUGGCAAUAUUGACCUGACUCGAGAGUUUGAUGAAAUGCAUCUAGAGGAUAAGGAGCCGCCUGACAUGAUGGAUCACUUGGUCUUGGGCUUCAAUGAGGGGGUCGAGGUUAGCAUGCCAAAUGAUGAGUUGGAAAGAAGCUCUAGGAAGGACUCUGCAUAUGCAAUAACGCCGAUUUCUAUUGGCUCUUUAGAAGAAAAGGUAUCUUUUGAUGAUAUGCAUAGUGAUAGAAACACCCUUCAGUCCAUGGAUUCUCCUUCCCAAGUGAGUUUAAAUAGUUCUUCUAGAAUCUUCCAGGAAAGCGAGAAGGCAAUGCAGGAUCCGGUUAUUCAACCGAAUACUGCUUUUCAAGCAUCAACAUCAUCUGAGCUAAUGGAUCCUGUGGAUGCUACUGGUAGCACUGGUGUGUUGGCAGAGCAUACUCUCCCCUAUUCUGUCAGCAUGGCUUCCCAUUCAUCUUAUGGUCAAAGUGGCAUGCCUACUGCUUCUUCUGUUCCUAAUCAGUCUGAAGUACCUGUUAAGCUCCAAUUUGGGCUGUUUUCGGGUCCCUCUUUAAUACCAUCUCCAGUUCCAGCCAUACAGAUUGGUUCUAUACAGAUGCCUCUUCAUCUGCAUCCUCAGGGUGGUCCAUCUCUCACCCAUAUGCAGCCAUCACAGCCUCAUCUCUUUCAGUUUGGUCAGUUAAGGUAUACAUCUCCUAUUUCCCAGAGAGUGCUGCCAUUGGCUCCUCAAUCUGUGUCAUUUGUCCAGCCAAAUGUUCCAGCCAACUUCUCCCCGAACCAAAACUCUGAAGUGCCUCUGUCUGUACAGCCCAGUCAAGACUCUUCUGUGCAUAGUAUAAUGAAAAAUGAAGUUUCAUCUCUAUUGGAUAACCAGUCAGGUCUUCCAAGGCCCUUGGAUUUAUCACAUGGGAAUUUGUUGAAGGAGGAAAGCUCCACACCAACCAGGGAAAGCAGAAAAAGUGUUGUGACACAGCAUGUUCAUGUAGAGAUAUCAAAUAUUGGUGAUAACACAUCUUCCAAGUCAGGUUUCCCUUCAGAAGAUCAGGGGCACCAGAAUUCAGUUCGUAGAAACUUAAAAGCACUGUCUAGUAAUCAAUCAGAACUUGAACUUCAAACUGUUCUGGCACCAUCUCAGUCAGUUUCAAAAGAGAAAGAUUUAAGUGCAUUAAGGGGCCAAACUUAUAGUAAUAGGGGGAAAAAGCAUGUCUUCAAAGUUAAAGGUUCUAACACAAGAUCAACUUUUCUUGCUUCUGAGGCCUCUUGCCAAGAGUCUACUGGAUAUCAAAGGAGAGCUCGACGUCCUAGAACAGAGUUUAGAAUUAGAGAAAAUUCUGAUAAGAAGCAGUCUUUUAGAAUGGUUUCUUCAAACCACCCGAAUCAAGUAGGGCUGGAUGAAAAGUUAAGUGCCAAUGGAAGGAAUACUGGAUUUUCCUUAAGAAAUGGGGUGAGGAAAGUUGUUGUGGUGAAUAAAUCAAAACAGAUAAUUGAAUCAGAAUGCUCCAAUUCAGCUCUCUGUGGUUCCCAGGAGAUUGAUUUUGGGAACAGGAAUGAAAAGGGAUUGGGAAAAGAAUCAUUGAUGAGGACUCAUAAUAUCCCACCCUCUGGGGAAGGUAAUCUUAAGAGGAAUAUUGAAGAUGAUGUGGAUGCUCCUUUGCAAAGUGGCAUUGUGCGAGUUUUUGAGCAACCUGGAAUAGAAGCAGCUAGUGGUGAAGAUGACUUCAUUGAGGUGAGAUCAAAGAGGCAAAUGCUGAACGACAGGCGUGAGCAAAGAGAAAAAGAAAUCAAAGCAAAGUGCCGGGUUGCAAAGCCACCACGAAAACCUCGUACAAUCCCACAAAAUUUCACCAUCUCAGCCAGCUCAAAUAGAAAUUCUGCUUCAGCAAGUGGAGAAGUAAUGAACAAUGUUUGCUCUGAUUUUGUUGCUACUGAGGGAUGUAAUGUGGGAAAUAGCGAAUUAUCAGCAGGAUUUGGUGCAACUAUAGUAUGCCAACCCUUGGCUCCAGUUAGUACUCCUGCCACUAAAUCUGAUGCACAGGCUGAUAUAAGAAUGCAGGCAGUGAAGUCACUCCAGAGAAGCUCCCUUCCAGUUACCUCAGGUGGUGAACCAAACCUAGUAUCUGGCUUCAUGUUUGAUAGCAAGAAUAAAGUUCUUGAUAAUGUUCAGACAUCUUUAGGUUCAUGGGGUAAUUCACUUAUUAAUCGACAGGUAAUGACACUGACACAGACCCAACUUGAUGAUGCUAUGAAGCCUGUUCAAUUCGAUAUUUGUGCUCCUAUUGGAGAUCACACUGGCUCAGUUACUGACCCCAGCAUGCCAUCCUCCAUAUUAUUGAAGGACAGUUCAUUUUCUUCUGCUGCAAGUCCAAUAAAUUCUCUGCUUGCUGGGCAGAAAAUACAAUUCGGAGCAGUUACAUCUCCGACAGUUCUUCCUCCUAUCAGCCGUGCCAUUUCACAUGGGAUUGGCCCUCCAGGUCCAUCUCGAUCAGAUAUCCAAAUCCCCCACAAUCUUUCUGCAGCUGAGAAUGAUUGCACCCUGUUUUUUGGAAAAGAGAAACAUUCAAGUGAAUCUUGCGUUCUUUUGGAAGAUUGUGAAGCUGAAGCUGAAGCAGCUGCUUCUGCUGUUGCUGUUGCAGCCAUAACCAGUGAUGAGAUUGUAGGGAAUGGAACAAAUACCUGCACCGAUUCUGCUUCAGAUAAUAAAGGUUUUGGAGGUGCAGACAUUGAUGUUAUUACUACAGGUGAUGUUGGUCAGCAUGUAGCAAGUCAAUCCAAGGUGGAAGAGUCACUCAGUGUUUCUCUUCCUGCAGAUCUUUCUGUUGAGAACCCACCUAUUUCUUUAUGGCCACCACUACGUAGUCCACAGAAUUCUUCAAGCCAGAUGAUUUCACAUUUUCCUGGAGGCCCUCCUUCGCACUUCCCCUUCUAUGAAAUGAAUCCCAUGAUGGGGGGUCCAAUCUUUGCCUUUGGACCACAUGAGGAAUCUUCAUCUACCCAAUCGCAGUGCCAGAAGAGUAACACGCCAGCUUCAGGUCCCUUAGGGACCUGGCAACAAUGCCAUUCUGGAGUGGAUUCAUUCUAUGGUCCUCCAACGGGAUUCACCGGCCAUUUUAUCACCCCACCGGGAGGUAUCCCUGGGGUACAAGGCCCACCACAUAUGGUUGUGUACAACCAUUUUGCUCCAGUUGGUCAGUUUGGACUAAGUUUCAUGGGUACAACGUACAUCCCAUCUGGAAAACAACCUGACUGGAAACACAAUCCCGCAUCUUCUGCAAUUGGUGAAGGGGAUGUGAAUAAUUUGAAUAUGGAAGCUUCGCACCGUAAUUCUACCAACAUGCCUGCUCAAAUCCAGCAUCUUGCACCUGGCCCUGGUUCUCCUCUUCUGCCCAUGGCAUCUCCACUUGCUAUGUUUGAUGUUUCUCCUUUCCAGUCCACUCCAGACAUGUCAAUCCAAGCUCGUUGGGCUCAUGUUCCGGCUUCACCUCUACCGUCUGUUACACCAUCAAUGCCAUCGCAGCAACGCACAGGUGUACUACCUUCUCAGUUCAGCCAGGGGCCUCCUGUUGACCUGUCAUUGACUAGCAACAGGUUCACUGAGUCCCAAACAUCAACGCCUUCUGACAGCAGUCGGAAAUUUCCUGUGGCAACAGAUGCAACCGUCACCCAGUUGCCUGAUGAACUAGGGUUGGUGGAACCAUCUAGCUCCACCAUUGCUGCAGCUUCAGCACAACAUGUCUCCAAGAGCUUGUCCCUCACUAAAAUUGCAGGUGCUGGCCAGAUUGAUGUCCAAAAUGACGGCGGUAUUAAAAGUAGUGGCCAGAGCGCAAAUCCUGCAUUCAAGGCUGAGUCUUACCAGCAAAAGAAUAUAUCAUCUUCCCAGCAUUACAGUGACUCCUCCGGGUAUAAUCAUCAGAGAGGAAGUGGGGCUUUGCAAAAGCACAGCUCUGGUGAAUGGACUUAUCGUAGAAUGGGUUUUCAAGGAAGAAGCCAAUCCAUGGGUGGAGACAAGAACUUUCCCGCUUCAAAGAUGAAGCAAAUUUAUGUGGCUAAACAGACCAAUAAUGGGUCGUCAAAAUCAUCAUGAUGACAGCUUUUCUGACUUUAGUCAAAAUAGAGAAUCAACGAGUGGAGCAUUUCUUUUCACCAGAUGCAACUUUUGUUAUUUUUAUUGGCAAAAUCACUUGGGUUAGUAUGGUGACCGGUGAGUGUUGAGUUUUUGGGAUUUUACCAGUGUCUACCAAAUAGCCACGGUGGUUUUUCUGGUGGAAAUUUGCACUACUGGUUGGUAAAAGAGUAGUUUUGUUUUUGGUUUUUGAGUUUUCUAGCUUAAGAAGGUAUGAGUAUUUGCCUUGAAGAAGCUGUGUAGUGUUUGUGUAAAGGGGCUCGAUGGUCGGUGCAGUCGUGCUCCAUCACUCUUUACGUUUUAUUUUAUUAGGUGCAUAAAUGUCUUGGGAUUUGAUCAUGUACUGAGACUAUAACUAUAUAUAUAUAUAUAUGAAGGAUUUUUCCGAGAGAUAUAUGUACUAUUUCAUCUCAGUAAUGAUAAAUAUGGGCUUUUGG